AUGGAGGAGUAUGACGCCCUGUUGCAGGAGCUCUCCGAGAACAUCACCAACGAGGAUCUGGACCAGCUAAAGUCGGCGUGCAAAGAGGACAUCCCCAGCGAGAAAAGCGAGGAGAUCGCCUCCUGCCAGGACUGGUUCAGUUUCCUGGAGAAGCACGAUAAAUUGGCAAAAGACAACCUCGCCUACAUAGAGCACAUUUUUGAGAUUUCUCGACGUCCUGACCUCCUCACAUGGUUAUCGACUACAGGACUAAAGUCUUGAAAAUUUCAGCAGAGGAAGAGCUCGACACAAAACUAACUCGGAUCCCUAGUGCCAAAAAAUAUAAAGAUAUAAUAAGACAGCCAUCAGAAGAGGAGAUUAUCAAAUUGGCCCCUCCCCCAAAGAAAGCUUGA